AGAACCAGAAAAUUUUUGUAGGUCUUUGUGGAGGCACAAAUGUGGACAAUUUUCCUUAGCGAAUUUGUUAAUGUUGUGGGCAGAGCGGAAAAUAAAAACCGCGUGCAGCCCAAUUUCCGGAGGACAGAGAUUUCGAAGAACAACCAGGAAGCCGCUGGGCUGGGAGCUGUCCCCGGUUUUCUGCUCUGCUCUUGUGGGUGCUUCUAGGGGUCUCUACGCCGCGGACUCCUGCCCCGCGUGGCCCCUGCUCCCGACCUAGGCUCCGGUCCGGGUCGGUCACAACGGAGCUGCCAUGUCUUCCGACUUUGAAGGCUAUGAGCAGGACUUCGCAGUACUCACGGCUGAGAUUACCAGCAAGAUUUCGAGGGUCCCCCGACUCCCGCCUGAUGAGAAGAAACAGAUGGUUGCAAAUGUGGAGAAACAGCUUGAAGAGGCAAAAGAACUGCUUGAACAGAUGGAUUUGGAAGUUCGAGAAAUACCACCCCAAAGUCGAGGAAUGUACAGUAACAGAAUGAGAAGCUACAAGCAAGAAAUGGGAAAACUUGAAACAGAUUUUAAAAGGUCACGGAUCGCCUACAGUGACGAAGUACGGAAUGAGCUCCUAGGGGAUGAUGGGAAUUCCUCAGAGAACCAGUUGAUAAAAUUACGUGAAGAGAGGGCACAUCUGCUCGAUAACACAGAGAGGCUGGAAAGGUCAUCUCGGAGACUAGAGGCUGGAUACCAAAUAGCAGUGGAAACCGGUAAGAAUUCUGAGAGUGAGCAAAUUGUCUUGCUUAUGCACAGCAGUCUUCACAACACAUGACAUUUCAGGGAAACUUCAAAGGAGUAGCAGAGGCAGAGCCCGAGAUGUGGUUUACAUAUUGGGGAGACAAUUGGGAGCUUAUUUGCGCUUAUCUUUUUUCAAGUUAAAAGGCAUGACAUCUACUGAAAACAGUUCCUGAGGUUUAAAAGUAUACAUCUGAAAAGAGAUGGAAUACUUUGUCUAAAUUCUACAUUUGUCUUAAUAUGCAGUUACAUGUUGUCAGUUUACCCACCCGCAAUGAUUGCUAGGACACCGUGCAGUCCGCUUGUUUGCUCCUUUACGUUUUAUUCACAUAUGUAAAAAUUAACAUUUUAAUCAAUCUGAAUGAUGUGGACUGGGGACAAAGAAAUAGUGAUACCUAGUUUACUGUAUUUUUCUUGGUGUUGGAAAUGCUUCCUAAUGGUCUUGUAUUUAAAAAAAAAAAUUAUCAGAUCCUACAAUACGAUAGGAAAAGCCAUAGUAAGCAUCAGGCUUGUUGGUGAAACUUUGUUACAGCGCUAGCUAAUAUUGUCAGACUUUUCAUUUGAACUGACCAUAGUCACUAAUUUCAGAAAACACACUCCCGCUUCUUCUAAGACUUGUCUAUUUAAAGUAGACAAGCUUUUCAAUUAUAAAUAUUUCAUGCAAUGAGUAUUUUUACACCAAAAACAAAUAUCCAUUAAGGCCAUAGUGGUUACCAGUUUCUUAUUCUUUAGCCAGUUUUUUUUGGUUUUGUUUUAUAGAUUAUAAGUAAUCCAUUUUAAUAUAUUAUUUUUGAUAGCUCUUACCCAGAAUAUAAACCACAAAAACUUGUGAUCAACAAAAUAUCCAUCAAUUUUUUAAAAAUUUAAUGUUGCCAAAAUGUUGAUUUCUGGAAGCACAGGUAUAAUGAAAAUGAUUCUAAGUAAUUUGGUUUUGAAUGGCUAGUGUUCUUCUUGCCCUGGAUCUCUGGCUCUCCUAAAUGGAUUGGUUUAUAUGAUGAAUGGUAAGGAACUGAACAAGGAGGAAUGCAAACAGCACUGGCAUUCUAUUAUUGGUGAGAAAUAUGAGGAACACCAUAAACCUUCCCAUAUUUUUAAUAGCAUGAGCUGUUCUUUUUGAGGUUAGUGAUGGAUUGGCUUUCUGCCCUGACCAGAAUGAAAGCCAGCUUUUGUGUGUUCUUUUAGUUUGGGGGUUCACCUGCAGAGGUGACUCUUGGGAAGAAUGUGAGUAGUGGAAAGAGCCCUGAACAUGAGGUAAAAGGACCAGGCUCAGUUUGUGAUUCUUGUUUGUGUGACCCUGAGCAAAUCAUAUAAUUGUUCUGAGCCUCAGUUUCUUCUUCAGUAAAAUGGGAAUAAUAUUGCUUGCCUCACAAUGUUCUUUGAGAAAAUAGCAUAUAUUAAAGGGUUUUUACACCUCAUCAAUACAUACAUAAAUGUAAGUAUUAUUAUUAAUGUGUGUUC